AUGAAACGAACUCUUAGUGGAUCCCCGGCAAUGAUGGUGCAUCGGUGGAACCGACCUCCCUUAUCGUGCAAACCCUGUCGCGAGAAGAAACGCCGCUGUGAUCGCAACCAGCCAUGUUCCAAUUGCACGCAAAGGGAUACCCAGUGCGAAUAUGCGGGACAAAGCCAACCUAACCCGGUAUCUGGGGACCUCGAGCCUCCAGAGGGAACUAGGAUUGACCACCGUCAGAUGGCAGCGAGCCGGCCCGCUGCCUUUGGGAAUGCACUGCCUGUACCUAUCUCCUUAAACGCCAAGGAGGUAUUGCAUCGCCUCCAGAAGCUAGAAGAGGCAGUUUUCCAGAAGCCAGUUGAGAACAACUUACAAUCUGUGGCGCAGAGGUUAACAUCAGAUACAACAAACAAGCCACCUCAUGUAGGAUUUACCCCAUUAAGCGCACAAAAAUUAUCCUCAGCAUGCGAUAAUGCCCCUCUAGACGCGUUGGCAUUAGCUAGGCAUCUCCCGCCCAUAGAGGAAGCCACAGACUUAUUCAAUCAUUUCGUGGCAACGGUUGGGUCAACAUUUGGAGUACUUCAUCUACCGUCUACCAGAGAGCUUAUGGAUCAGACAUACCAAUGCAUAUUGGCCGCCAGAGAGCCUGAAAUCUCGCGGCUACUUUUACUUUUUGGCAUUUUUGCAGGGUCAAUGCUUUCCUGGACACCCCAGCUUUUAGACAAGCUGCAUGCCACGCCAGCGGAGGCUAAUGCAGCUUUCAAGGCAUAUGCGUCCCUCGCAGUAUCUAUAGUAGACCAUCCUCGACCCAUGGAGCCGUCGACUACUGCUCUUGCGGCCAUGGAAACACUGUCUCAUAUAAUAACCAACUACGAUGGCUACCCUUUCAAGAUUCAUUUAAUCCGCUUUCGCUGCCAUUUGAUGGCACGGGCAAUGCAAAUACAUCGUCUGGACACCCCAAAGAGCCGCGAGGAAAGGAGACUCAACGGAUGUAACAUGAUUGAGAUUGAAGUCCAACGAAGAGUCUGGUGGAAUAUGGUAGCAACCGACUGGCUCCAUUCUUUCUCCGGAGGGCCACUCGAAGGAGCAUACAUGUUCCAACCAAAGCAAAUGAUGGUAGAUUAUCCGAGUAACGUCGAUGAUGAAUACAUUACACCGACAGGGAUACUGCAUGAGUUCCCCUUAUCUAAACCAUCCUCGAUGUCCUCCUUUAUCUACCGCGUGAAGUUGUCCACCCUCUGCCGUGAGGUGGUCGAUACGAUGCCCUCAAUCUGGCUAGAAGCCCAAGAGCCAGACUACGAAACGAUUUUGAUGCUAGACAAAAAGUGUCAGAACUUUCUAGCUGAACUGCCCAUCUUCUUCCAACUAGACCCCGCCAGCAUCGCGCAAAGCCAAGAAAUAUGUAAAGACCGACCCUAUAUUCCCAUACAACGAAUAAGUAUCCACUUUGGCCUCCACGCACGCCUAUGCCGCCUUCACAGACCUUACCACCUUGAAGGUAUGACAAACACAAAGUACGCCUAUUCCCACCAAGUGUGUAUCCAGUCUGCCCAGAAGGUGUUAGAGUUACGGCGUCUGAUGGAUGACGCAGGCGCGCAGGUCGGGCUGAAACCGGCGCGCUUCUGGACGGUCAUGCAGCACGUCUUUCUAGCAGCGCUCACACUGGCUACGGACGUCUCAUUUAACCCAAAUGCGCCGGAUGCAGAGGCUCGAAAGGCCAAGGUACUCGCUGCUUAUCAAAUUCUAGAAAGAUCAAAGGAAGAGUCGGCUAUGAUUGUAGAGGCUAUUCAGAAAAACAUGCAGGUGCUCAUGUCGACGCUCCAGAAGCAGCGAACACCUGCCAUUGGCUCUCAAUCGGGAGAGCCUCCUAGGUUAGGAACAGAUACCCAUGUCUCAGCCAGCGAGGCCGUGUCAAAUAACUGGAACGGUCGAGGGCGUGAUGGUAUUUUUACGACCAAUCAAACUGUAGAUACGCUGUCCUUUGUUUCUCAAGAUCCAUUCCCCGCUGCCGAUGGGCCUGUCUACAGUAACAUUUCACAUGAAGCAUGUGUUGAGGAAGGGGAUUGGGACCAGCUGUUGUCAAACUUUCUAGCGGUCGCUCCGGAUCUGGAUGUGCCACAGUGGCAUUCCUUGUUGGAUGAUAUCGACUUUACUUUCAUUUCUUGA